AUGCCUCACUCAUUCGGUUACAGAGCGCGUACGCGCCAUAUGUUCAAGCGGGGCUUCAAGGAGCAUGGCCCCGUCAAAUUGUCGACCUUCCUCAUCAACUACCGCGUAGGAGACAUCGUCGACAUCAAAGCUAAUGCCGCACAACAAAAGGGUAUGCCCCACAAAUACUACCAUGGACGAACUGGUAUUGUCUACAACGUUACUCCCCACGCUGUCGGUGUCAUCGUCUACAAAGUCGUUGGCGGCCGCUACAUCGAGAAGCGUGUCAACCUCCGUGUCGAGCACAUCAGGCACUCGGGCUGUCGUCAGGAAUUCUUGGACAGAGUACAACGGAACCACGCUGCACAUGCCGCCGCAAAGGAGAAGGGCGAGCGGGUGUCGUUGAAGCGUGUUCACGCUCUGCCACGGGAGGCCCACACUGUCUCUUCCGCCCAAAAUGCUCCCCAGACGAUUGUACCUGUGCCAUACGAGACUACCAUUUAA